UCGAUAAUGUGGUUUACGGAUCGAUUAAAAAAAAUGGCAUUACCAACAACGCACUCGAUACGCGUUUCAAAGAAAUUUACUCGUUUCUCAUCCGCAGGUCAUUGUGUUGCGGAUAUUAUUAUAAUAAAGAUGGAGAGCAAUAAAAUAUAAGGAAAAACAUUUUUAUUUGUUUUUUUCGGAUUAUAUAUAUUGGCAAAAUUUAUACAAAUGGCAAAAUUAAUAUUUUUUAGGAAACGCACAACCACCAGAGAGCAAUUUAAAGGUCUAAUAUCUCGUAUGAAGGAGCAUCCUGAUAUUGCAAAAAAUUUUACCAGAAGUGCUCCUAACGAGGUAGAGCAAUUUUGGGAGAGUGUGCGUGAGGAACUGAAUUCAUUAGGGCCUCCAUCGAAGAGUAUUUCAGAAUGGAAAAAGGUUUGGUCAGAUUUUAAAUCAGCAGUAAAGAAAAAGUUGGCGCACAAUAAAAGGGAAUUACAAGCAACUGGUGGAGGCGAAAAUAGGGAACUACCUUUAUCGUCGCUAGAAGAAGAUGUUGCUGCUCUAGUGGGCCUAAACGCCUGUGUUGGAGGCAUUAAAAAUUCAAAAGAGUUUGGAGUGCCUCAGAGGAGAAUUAUUGAGCAUGCCACUCCACUAAAUUCAGAGCAGGUGGUUGAAGACAUUACUCCAUCUACAUCGAAGAGAGCUCGUACAAAUUCAUAUACUUCGAGAGACGCCAUCUGCAUAGAGUUGUUGGAAAAUGAAGAUAUGGAAAAUAACCAAAACACUCGAAAUGAACUCCGAAAAAAAAAGAGACCAGAGCAGUUUGACUUGUUAGACAAGCAAAUCGGUGUGCAGGAGAGGUUAUAUUCAAAAGUUUCGGAAGGUGUUGGGGCACAGGAACUACAUUUUAAAAAUGUAAAAAAAGAACUUAAAGAUCUGACUAGGUCGGUUGACCGUCUGGGUGAUCACCAGAAGAAAACCAAUGAAAUUCUCCAAGCUUUUCUUGAGGAGACAAAAAGACACAAUAUGGCUAUGGAGACAAAUGCUAUUGAAAAAUUAAGGGUGAAACAAGAACUUUUAAGCAUUGAAUUAGGAGAAGUUAACAAGCAAUUGAGACUUAAAAAAUGACUGUGAAUUAGAAAUUUGGUUUAGAUAAGUUUUAAAGUGCAACAUUUGCCAAGAAGGCUUUUAUA